GAGAAGAGAUAAAACAUUUCAGCCCUUUCACAAACCCUAGCAGUCAAAACAAAGAACGAAAUCGAAAAAUCCCAAAACACGAUGAAGGUGAUCGCUGCUUUUCUCCUCGCCAAGCUCGGAGGAAACGAGAGCCCAACACCAAAUGAUCUGAAGAAGAUCUUGGAGUCCGUUGGUGCUGAGAUCGAUGAAUCGAGGAUAGAUCUGUUGUUUUCUCUUGUUAAAGAUCAUGAUGUGACUGAGCUUAUCGCUGCUGGGAGGGAAAAGAUGGCUGCUUUGUCUUCUGGUGGUCCAGCUGUUGCUAUGGUUGGUGGAGGAGGUGGUGGUGGCGGCGGUGGUGCUGCGGCUGAGCCGGUUGCUGAGUCUAAGAAGAAGGUUGAAGAGGAGAAAGAGGAGUCUUCUGAUGGUGAAGGCAUGAUGAGUCUCUUUGAUUGAUUUGGUUUAAGUUAGGCUGUGAUAUCUGUUGCUUAUGAGUAUUGUUUUGAUGUUGGUUUGGUUUUGUGAUGUUGGAUCUUUGUUAAAUGUUGAGACUUGUGUUUCUGAUGUUUGGAGCUUAUGAUUCUAUGGUUGUUUACUUGAGA